AUGGUCGCCAAGUCGUCGACCAAGAAGACGCGUGUCGCAGCGUCCCAUGCUCCGAUUGCGACCCGAAAAGCCUACAAGACGGACCCGAGCGCCGGGAGGAAGCGAGCACCGACCUCAAACGGCGGCAGCGCGGCUGCGAAGCUCGCAUCGCAGCACCUGUCCCACGAGCAAGUAUCGACGCAGUCCGCCGGGCGCAAGCGGAAGUGGGAUGGCCCAGGGACAAGUGCAGGUGCAGCCCAGAACGUUGAGCCGAACCCGACCAGAUCCAAGCCAGCACCCUCGACCACCGCGACCACCAGUCUCAGGACCCAACCCGAUGAGAUCGACUUCGUUCGCGGCGGCGGGACUCACCUCACCCAGGUCGAGCUCAAGGAAGCGCAGUUGGAAGGAAUUCACGAAGCGGAACAAGACACAAAUCACGUGAGUGGGUUUGUACAUGACGGGUGGGCUUGCCUUCCUCGGGGUUAUGGUCAGCCUGAGCUGAUCAGUGCAAGCGAGUGUCUUCUCGUCUUCGCGUCGCCAGGGCGAUUCGAUGCCCGACGGCAAGAAGGACAAGAGCAAGUCCAAACGCCGCAAGUUGGAAAGGGUCCAGCGGUCCCAAGUCGAAGACAAGAAUCUCUUACCCAAAGAUGCGGUCCGCAUCGAACAUCUCAACUACAAGGUACGCUGGCUGGUCCCUUAUCCUGGCACCCCGAAGGUCCUGUCGAGCUAACCGCCUUUGAACGGGAUGAUCACAGCGGUUGGUCCCGGGCACCAAGGUACUCGCGCAGAUUGUUGCAGUGCGACCCCUCGAAUUGAUCGUAUCCUUGCCCAACCAACUUCUCGCCCACGUCCCCAUCACCAACAUCUCGGACGAAUACACUGCCCUGCUUGAAUCUGCCGAAGAUAUGUUGUCGGGGGAAGGCGAGGAUGAGCAAGACGAUGACGACGACGACGACGUUGAUGCCAGUAGCGACCCCGGCGAUGGCGCAACGAGACCCGAACACUCUGGGAUUUGCAACUUGCCAACACUCGCGCAUUGGUUUCGCGUCGGGAUCUUCGUCUCGGCCAUCGUGAUCACAUCGAAGCGACCGGACGGGCGCGGCAAGGCUACUCGCCGAGAAUCUGAUGAUCUUGUCCGCGCUGCUCGGACGAUCGAGCUUAGUCUGGUCCCAGGCAAAGUCAACGAGGGCGUUUCCAAAGCGGAUCUCAAGACUGGCUUCACCCUGACCGCUGUAGUCCGGAGCAUCGAAGAUAACGGUUACAUUCUCGCGCUCGGCGUCGAUUCGAUGUCCUCUUUCUUGCCCUUCGAGAACGCCCAGAAACUUCAGCCGAGCCCGCUUUCUCAAGGGCAAGUCAUAUCUUGUCGCAUCAAGGACGUCAACGAGAACGGCAGGACGUGCACCGUGACCGUUGGUGAAGCCGAGGUUACCGGCUCCACAGUAACCGCCAUUUCUUCGAUCAAUUCGAUACUGCCCUGUGCACGCGUCACUGCCAUCGUAACGGCCAUCCUGCCGUCUGGCCUCAACGUCAAGCUUUUCGGUCUCUUCACAGGCACCAUCGAUUGGUUCCACCUUGACGGUCGCGACCCCGAGACGGACUUCAAGGUCGGCCAAAAGCUGCAUGCACGAAUUCUCUGGGACUCGAUCGGUUCGAUCCCCAAAAGGUUUUCCUUGUCGAUCAACCGGCAUGUCAUGGCGAAAGACGUUGCUCGGAACGGACAGAGCACAAGCGUACCUCUCGAAGAGGAAUUCCCAAUUGGACGCAUCAUGGAACGUGUGCGGGUUGUGCGAAUGGAUGACGAAUGGGGUCUUACAUGUGCACUCGAGCGCCCCGACGACGAGCGCGUUAUCAUUUUCGCCCACAUCUCAAAGCUCACUGACGAUCACCUCGUAUCUAUCCCCAAGAAUGGACCAUGGAAAGUGGGGUCCAUCCAUCGAGCUCGCGUGAUCGGAUUCUCCGCUCUCGAUGGUCUUGUACAGGUCUCCUUGCAACCUUCGGUCCUUGAGCGGGCUUUCAUGCGCGUCAACGACGUCAGGGUCGGGGAGGUCAUUCGAGGCACUGUCGGGCGUCUUACAGACACGGCCCUUUUCGUGUCCAUUUCGGGUAACGUCGAUGGCGUAGUGUGGCCAAUACACUACGCCGACAUUCGCCUGAGGCACCCAGAACGGAAGUUCAAGCCCGGCGCGAGCGUCAAGGCGAGGAUCCUGUCGGCCGAUGCUGACCGGAACCGUGUCGUUCUCACGCUGAAGCGUCAAUUGGUUGCUUCGGAGCUACCGAUGAUCAAGUCCUAUGACGAUGCGCAGAUUGGCCAGUUGACUCACGGAACCGUGACCAGGAUUUUGGACAAGGCUGUCAUCAUCGAGUUUUUCGGGGGCGUGCGGGCGCUCAUUCCGGCCACGGAAGCUGCCGAAGAGUACACCUCCAACCUCGGCAAGAUCUUUGAAGUUGGCAAGGUCGUCGAAGUGAAGAUCAUUCGUCUCGACCCCUCCGCUAAAAAGAUCACCGUUUCGUACCGCCAAGCCCGGGGCCAUCUCGUCGUCAAGGACCGAGAACCUGUCGCUUCGUCUUCGACUGCCGGCUUGGUCGACGGAGUCAAGAUCGGCGAUCUCACCAGAGGUGAGAUCGCACAGAUUCAUGAAACCAACGUCGUGUUGAGAUUGCGGCCCAGCAAUGUCAAAGCUCUCAUCUCGUUUGCUACGCUCAGUCGGCAUCGGGCGGUGUCAGUGCAAGAACUCCGCCAGGAUCUCGCCAUCGGAGAUGUCCUCGACGACCUUGUCGUCGUCUCAAGAAACCUCGACAAGGAUCUAGUCAUUGUCGGUCUCGUGCCCUCGAAACCGAAGAAGGCACAAGACGCGACGACAGGUUCGCGGCCAUGCACCUUCGAGUCAGUCAAGCCUGGCCAAGUGGUCCAAGGCAAGGUGUCCGGAGUAGUCCCCAGCGGGUUAUUGGUGCAAUUGUCGCGUAAUCUGCGUGGCCGUGUCCCACGCACAGAGAUUUGCGACGACUUCGAUCGAUGUGGGUCCUCUGAAUACGAUCUUGGUGCCACUGUCCAGUGCGCGGUCCUUUCCGUCGAUGACGACCGUCGACGCGUAGCCCUAUCGCUUCGAGAAUCGCGACAUUCUGCAGGCGCGCAGGCCACCGAUCCUGCAAUCGAGGAACUGGGUGAUCUGAAGGUCGGUCAAACAAUUAGGGGCUUUGUCAAGAACAUUGCAAGUCAAGGGCUGUUCGUGUCCCUCUCCGACACCAUCACCGCUCGCGUCCUCAUCAAGGAACUUUUCGACGAGUUCAUCAAGGACUGGCAAGCCAAGUUCGUUGUAGGGCAGCUUGUCACGGGCAAGAUCAUGUCUGUCGAUCUUGUCAAUGGUCAAGUGGAAAUGUCAUUCAAGAGCAAGUCCACGACAUCGCCUGCAACCGGUCGUGAUGUGUCCGGUCUCAAAAAAGGACAGCUGGUGACCGGCGUCGUCAAGCGCGUCGAGCCCUACGGCGCUUUCAUCAGACUCGAGGGGUCGGGGAUCACUGGACUUUGUCACAAGUCAAAAGUCACAGAUGAUGACAAGAAGGCUUGGAACGAGUGCGUCAAAGAGGGCGACAUGGUCCAUGCCGUUGUGUUGGACGUGAAUCAGGAUACGAAGAAGGUGUCGCUGGGCCUAAAAUCGUCGCUGAUCGAAGAAAGUUGGUUAAAAACAGCCACCGAUGAGGAUGAUGAAGACGAAGAGCGUAAUGAUGAGUACGAGGAUGAGGAUGAGGAGGCCGACGACGACGACGACGAUGACGAUGAUGAUCGCGCUGAAAGUGAUGAUAUCUCUGAGUCGGAGUCGAGUGACGAUGACCCUGAGGUUGGCUCAGACUCUCCUGAUGAGUUGGAUACUGCUGCUUCUGGUGGAGCCGAUGUUGUAAUAGGUGUAAGUCCUUCUCUUCUCUCAGAAUUGUACUGUGGGUAACGACCUGAGACUAGAUUGCAAUUCUGUUCACAGCCUUCAACAAUCACCUCCCGUGAAUCCAUCGACGCCCUCAAGGCCAAAGCGGCCCCUCUGCAGGUGCCCACGGCGUUCAAUUGGGAUGGAGAUGAACGGACGGACGGAGAGCAGAGUAGCAAAUUCGCGGACGACGACUCUGAUUCCGAAAACUCGGAGGGUGGUCGCCUGCGACCGGAGCUGGCGACCGUCUCCGGUCCCUCAGCUGCGGAGGACCAAGCACAGCUCGAGAAGGCACCGUCAUCUGUUCCCGAUUUCGAACGGCUCUUGCUCGGCUCACCCGGGUCCUCGUUUCUGUGGAUCCAGUACAUCGCAUUCUUCGUUUCGCUAUCUCAGCUCGACAAGGCGCGCGAGAUUGGUCGUCGAGCCCUCAACACCAUCAGCUUUCGCGAAGAGCUGGAAAAGCUCAACGUCUGGGUGGCACUUUUGAACUUUGAAAACGUCUAUGGUUCUCGAGUUGAACUAGAUGCCCUCUUCAAGGAAGCUGUCCAGGCGAAUGACUCGAAGACGAUCUACCUCCGUUUAAUCGACAUCUACGAACGAAGCGGCAAGUUUGCGGAGGAGGAAGAACUAUUCGGGCGCGUCGUUAAGAGGUUUUCCCAGUCGUCAAAAGUAUGGACGAUGUUUGCGCAAUUCUAUUUUGCGCAGUCGCGAUGCGAUGAGGCUCGUGACCUGCUCCCGAGGUCGCUCAAAUCGUUGGAGAAGAGGAAGCAUGUGAAGACGGUCACAAAGUUUGCGCAGCUCGAGUUCAAGCUAGGUGACCCGGAGCGUGGGCGAACCAUUUUUGAAGGUGUGGUGCAUACGCAUCCCCGACGACUCGACAUCUGGCUUGUCUAUAUUGACAUGGAGAUCAAGCUCAGAAACGUGGUCGGUGUCCGCGCGCUGUUUGAUCGGAUCUUGGCCACCAGGCUGUCUAGUAGUAAGCAUUUAAGACGCUCCGAAUGAAGUUGUGUCUGAAGAAACUGACUCCUCUUCCAUAUGUGCGCCGUAGAGAAAGGCAAAUCGGUGUUCAAAAAGUGGCUCGCCUUCGAGAAAGACCUUGGCGACUCGCAAGGUGCUGAUGCUGUAAAGGCUAAAGCUCUGGCAUUUGUAGAGUCAUUGCAUGUCUAG